UGUCGGCGGCUACUCCCUCUCUCGCCCUCACUGUCGGCGGUCCCAGCUCCAGGCACGAUGUUCCCCGCGGCGCCCAGCAGCCGCUCCUUCCUCCGGCUCCCCCUGCUGCAGUUGCUGCUGCUGCUGCUGGUGCAGGCAGUGGGGAGGGGGCUGGGCCGUGCUAGCCCGGCCGGGGGCCCCCUGGAAGAUGUAGUCAUCGAAAGGUACCACAUCCCCAGGACCUGUCCCCGGGAAGUGCAGAUGGGGGAUUUUGUUCGCUACCACUACAACGGCACUUUCGAGGAUGGCAAGAAGUUUGACUCGAGCUAUGACCGAAGCACCUUAGUGGCCAUCGUGGUGGGCGUGGGGCGCCUCAUCACCGGCAUGGACCGAGGCCUCAUGGGCAUGUGUGUCAACGAGCGGCGACGCCUCAUUGUGCCUCCCCACCUGGGCUAUGGCAGCAUCGGUGUGGCGGGGCUCAUUCCUCCGGAUGCCACCCUGUACUUCGAUGUGGUCCUGCUGGAUGUGUGGAACAAGGCAGACACUGUGCAGGUGAGCACCCUGCUGCAGCCAGCGCACUGUCCCCGCACGGUCCAGGACAGUGACUUUGUCCGCUACCACUACAACGGCACGCUGCUGGAUGGCACCGCCUUUGACACCAGCUACAGUAGGGGUGGCACUUAUGACACCUACAUUGGCUCCGGCUGGCUGAUCAAGGGCAUGGAUCAGGGGCUGCUGGGCAUGUGUCCUGGAGAGAGAAGGAAGAUCAUCAUCCCUCCAUUCCUGGCCUAUGGCGAGAAAGGCUACGGGACUGUGAUCCCCCCACAGGCCUCCCUGGUCUUCCACGUGCUACUGGUUGAUGUCCACAAUCCGAAGGACACCAUCCAGCUGGAGACGCUGGAGCUUCCCCCUGGCUGCCUUCGGAGAGCUGUGGCUGGAGACUUCAUGCGUUACCACUACAACGGCUCACUGAUGGACGGCACCCUCUUUGAUUCCAGCUACUCCCGCAACCACACCUACAACACCUACGUGGGGCGGGGUUACAUCAUCCCCGGGAUGGACCAGGGGCUGCAGGGUGCCUGCAUGGGGGAGCACCGGAGGAUCACCAUCCCCCCCCACCUCGCCUAUGGGGAGAACGGGACCGGAGACAAGAUCCCUGGCUCCGCGGUGCUGAUUUUUGACGUCCACGUCGUUGACUUCCACAACCCUGAGGAUCCUGUGGAAAUCAAGAUACUGUCCCCGCCCCCGGAGACCUGCAACGAGACCGCCAAGUCUGGGGACUACGUUCGCUACCACUACAACUGCUCCCUGCUGGAUGGCACCAAGCUCUUCUCCUCCCACGACUACGGGGACCCCCAGGAGGCCACUCUGGGGGCCAACAAGGUGAUCGAAGGCCUGGACACGGGCCUGCAGGGCAUGUGUGUGGGGGAGAGGCGGCAGCUCGUGGUGCCCCCGCACCUGGCACACGGAGAGAGCGGAGCCCGGGGUGUCCCUGGGAGCGCAGUGCUGCUGUUUGAGGUGGAGCUGGUAUCUCGGGAGGAGGGGCUGCCCACAGGGUACCUGUUUGUGUGGCACGAGGACCCUCCCGCCAACCUGUUUGAAGGCCUGGACCUCAACAAGGAUGGCGAGGUGCCCCCGGAGGAGUUCUCCACCUUCAUCAAGGCCCAAGUCAGUGAGGGCAAAGGACGCCUCAUGCCUGGGCAGGACCCGGAGAAAACCAUCGCAGACAUGUUCCAGAACCAGGACCGUAACCAGGAUGGCAAGAUCACCGUCGAGGAGCUUAAACUGAAGUCGGACGAAGACCAGGAGCGCGUCCAUGAGGAGCUCUGAAGGGCAGGCGCCUGGGCCCAGAUGCAAAGGCCCACUUCUCGAGGGGGUGGGGGGACAGUGGGCGGUGGCGCUGACCUUCCCAGUCACCCUCCCCUGUGCCGGCAUGUGCUCUAGGAGCAUCUGAAAAGCGGUCAGAGAUGACUCUGGUCUUGCCACCAGCCCGAGUACAAUCCACAGCACAGACCUCUAUUCAGUUUUUCCCUUCCCAGCCCACAGCCCUCCCUUACACGUUUUUGGAGUCACAAAGCCAGUCGGUGAUUGGUGGAGUCUAGGGGUGGGAUGGGGCCACUGCCGGCCCCUGGCCCAUGACCCCCUCCGCGUCACCAGACGGUGAACAUGGCCGGCCGAGCCCAUCAUUUCUUUAUUUCCCCAAUCUUCCCUUUUAUCCGUACUUUUCUUUGCCAUCCCCAGGCAUCCCCUCCAGCCCCCAUUCCUGUGUCAAAGCGGCUCCCAGGAGCAUGAACCAGGACUCACCAGGCCCUCAGCCUUCCUCUCAGCUCUGGCUGGCUUCCAGGGAGGGCAGCCCCCCGACCUGCCCCAUCCCCCGUCACCUGUCCCCCCACACCUAUCCCAUCCCCCCUCGCUACAUCCAGUAGUGGCCGAAGGCCCCUGGGGUGCCGCAGUCAGGUCUGGGCUUGGCAUGGCCUUUCAUCCCUGAAGAGGGCUGCCUUCUCUAAGGGGCAGAGAACAGGAAGGAUACAAAGGAUCCUGGGAUGGGUCUCAGGGCUGGGAAAUCCUUGUUUCAGGAUGGAGUUAAACUCAGAAGAGGGGCUCGUGUGGGGUGGGCAGCGCUCUGCACACUCAGGGCUAAAUUGGUGUCAGAUCCCUUUCUCUCCUUUGUGCCAAAUAAAAGACUAAA